AUGCGUUUCACACUCUCUACCAUGGCAGCCCUCCUGGGCCUGUCCUCAGCCCAAGGAAUUCGCUCCUCCGCCUACACCGAUCCCAAAACAGGCAUCGACUUCCAGCGCUUCGUCGACGAUGACUAUUCCGUAGGCUUCGCCGUCCCCGAAACUCUCGGCAAAGACCUCAUCGCCCAAAUGGUCUUCCCCGCUGAAAAAGGCGCUGGAUGGGGUGCUAUUUCUUUCCGCGGCGGUAUGAUUGGUGGUAUGCUCUUCGUCGCAUACCCUAACGGGGAUGACAUCGUUACUAGCUUCCGCAUGGCUAGCUCGUAUGCUAAUCCGGAGGAGUAUACUAACUCUACUGUUAAGGCGACGCCUAUUCCUGAGGGUACGUUCGUUAACAGUACGCAUGUUUCGUAUACUUUCCUCUGUGAGGGGUGUGUGGAGGAGAAGGUUACUAGUUUGUUGAACGAGAGUCCUGUUUUGGGUUAUGCUUGGAGUUCUAUUGCUGUUGAUGCUCCUGCGGAUCCUCAGGCUGUUCUUUCGUACCAUGGUGCUGGCUUUGGUCAGUUUGGUUUCGAUAUUAAGGGUGCUGCGUCUGCCAAGUUUGCGGACUGGGCUGCUAUGGCUAAGGAGACUGUUUCUGCUCCUCCUACCGGUGGCAACGGCACUGUUCCUGUUCCUGGAAACUCUACUAUCCCUCCUACCACUUCUAACAUCACCUACGAUGUCAUUGUCGUCGGCGGUGGUCCCGCUGGUAUCAUCGCUGCUGAACGUCUUGCUGAGAAGGGUCUUAGCACUCUUCUCAUCGAGCGCGGCCCAGCCAACACCGUCGCUCUCGGCAACACCGCCCAAGCACUCCCCUGGAACAACACCCUCACUCCCUACGACAUUCCCGCUCUGGGAAGCAGCAUGACCAGCAUGGCUGGUACUAAAUUCUGCAGCGACACCGCCUCCACAGCCGGUUGUCUCCUCGGCGGAUCCUCCUCCAUCAACGGUCUGAACUUCAUCCACCCACCAGAGCGCGAUUUCCAACGCUGGCCUCAAGGCUGGAGCUGGAAUGAUGUCUCUGCUGCCGCAGACCGUCUCUACGAGCGUAACCCUGGAACUACUCUUCCCUCCGACGACGGAAAGUACUACGAUGACAUGACCUAUAAGGUCCUCGAGAAGUACCUCAGCGGCAAGGGCUGGAAGGAAGUUGACUCUAUCGAGUCUCCCAACGAGAAGCACGAGGUUUACUCUCGUUGCUCUUGGUCUAUCAAGGAUAACAUGCGUGCCGGUCCUGCGCGAACCUACAUGCCCUUCGCCAAGGCCCUUCCCAACUUUACUCUUAAGCUUGAGACCAAGGUCAUCCAGCCUAUUCGCAAGGGAAGCAUGAUCACCGGUGUCCUUACUCAAGCCGCGGACGGAAGCAAGCAGGUCAUCAACGUCAAGGCUGGUGGUAAGGUCAUUCUUGCUGCGGGUGCCAUGUCUACUCCCCGUCUUCUCUGGAAUGCUGGUAUUGGCAAGUCUGAUGCUCUUGCUAUUGUCAAGGAGGGUUCUUCUCGCACUGGUGUUACUCUUCCUGCUGAUACCAUUGAUCUUCCUGUUGGACAUCAUCUUCAGGAUCAUGCUCAGGUUGUGUUGCAGUUCAAGCCUAAGACCAACUUUACUGCUUACAAGUUCAAUGACAUUGCUACUAAGCCUGUCGCUUCGGACUUGGAUUUGUACAUGCAGGGUUCUGGUCCUAUUACUCAGGCUGCUCAGCGCAUGCAUCUUUGGACAUCCGCCAAGGGCGCUGAUGGUCGCACCCGUUACCUUCAGGGUACUGCUUCUGCCAUGGCUGACGGCGUUAUUACUGUCCGUACAUUCCUCACCCAUGGAACUUCCACCGUUGGGGAACUCGGCAUCGCAGCUGCUGGCAACACUCUCCUCAAGACCAAGCCCUGGUUGAUCGACCAAGAGGAUCGUAAGGCCAUGGGCGAUUUCGUCCAAUACUGGCUCGACCUUACAUCCGGCAGCAACUCUACCCUCUCCUACAUCACCCCCGGCGCCACCGUCGAGGACAUCCUCUCCACCAAGAUGAUCAGCGGCGACCACUGGAUGGGCAGCGCCAAGAUGGGCACCGACGACGGCCGCAAGGCGAACGGUAGUGCAGUCGUUGAUCUCAACACCAAGGUUUACGGCACUGAUAACCUUUUCGUUGUUGAUGCUAGUUUCCAUCCUGAUUUGCCUACUGGUAACACCCAGGCUAUCAUCAUGAUUGGUGCUGAGCAUGCGGCUGAGAAGAUUGCUGCUCUCAAGGUUGUUGGUGGUGGCAGCAACUCUACUAUCCCUGAUCCUGUUUCUGCUCCUACGCCUGUGCCUACGCCUUCUAAGGGUGUUAAGUGUAAGCGAGCUGCCCGGGCUGCUCGUCGCUCUAUGCACUUUCGACGAUCCAUGUACUAG